GGCGGUGCGUUCCCCGGCAGCGCAGAGGAAGUGGGAGACCAGCGGAAUUGGCGGGGAUCUCUACCGGGAGCGGCUCCACCAUGUCGAAGGUUUCCUUUAAGAUCACGCUGACGUCGGACCCGCGGCUGCCUUACAAAGUACUUAGUGUUCCUGAAAGUACACCUUUCACAGCAGUCUUAAAGUUUGCAGCAGAAGAAUUUAAAGUUCCUGCAGCAACAAGUGCAAUUAUUACCAAUGAUGGAAUAGGAAUAAAUCCUGCCCAGACUGCUGGAAAUGUUUUCCUAAAGCAUGGCUCAGAACUGCGAAUUAUUCCUAGAGAUCGUGUUGGAAGUUGUUAAUAUCUGCUACCUGGAACAUAAGAUGACUUUUCCAAAUAAAUAUUGGUAUUGUUGUAAAACUGAAAUCAGGCAUUUAAGACACUAUGAAAACACCAGUAGUUGAUGAAAUAAUGAAGGGUAACUCUGUCCCUUCUUGUUAUUCACACUCUUCCUGUGAAGAGGGACUGCUUAUGCAUAGAGGUUAUCAUCUCCACAGAAGAUCAUAGUCUGUCAUUGCUACCUCACAACACACACAGGUAGUUCAUUCGGGCUAAGUGGAUUAUCCAGCUGUGUUUUGUAAGUGGUGGAUGCUUCUGAUAACUCUUUCUGAGAACAUUUGGAAAAUUGAAGUUUACUGAAUCUUCCUAUUUGUCUGAGUUAAACAUUUAAAAGGACUAUGGGUCAUACAUGGCAGUUUGCUUGAUAGCAUCUGACUUACACACUUAAAAACAGUUGAAUUCUCAAUUGUAUAUUGUUCAUGAUAAAGGAUAUAGACAUAUCAAUGAAUACGUAACUAUGUUUAACUUUUUAUCAUUUAGGUUUUCUUAAGUUUCAAACUAUAUCAGAGACUCCAAAAUUGAAUUUUUUGAUCUAGCCCUUUUGUGUAAAAUUGAUACCUCACACCAGAGAGUUUUAACUAUGAUCUUGCAGAAUCCACUACUUGGUAAGAAUUGAGAAUAAAGUUAGAAGC